CGCCGGAGCGGCCCGGUCUGGCCCGGGAGCGGCCCCUGGUAGAGGUUCGAGGAGCCAGCCAAGCCGAGUGCCGUCCCGGCGCCUCGCCUGCCCACCGCCGGCCCGCUUGUUCCUGAUGCUGACUGCCGUCCACUAGAGGCUGGACAGAACCCCCAAGGUGAUUCAUGGCAGGGGACGUGGAAGGAUUUUGUUCCUCCAUCCAUGACACCAGUGUCUCUGCUGGGUUCAGAGCACUGUAUGAGGAGGGAUUGCUUCUUGAUGUCACUCUGGUCAUUGAAGAUCAUCAGUUCCAGGCCCAUAAAGCACUCCUGGCCACCCAGAGUGAUUACUUCAGGAUUAUGUUUACUGCCGACAUGAGGGAACGCGAUCAGGACAAAAUUCAUUUAAAAGGUCUAACUGCUACUGGCUUCAGCCACGUCCUUCAAUUUAUGUACUAUGGAACUAUAGAACUGAGUAUGAGUACUGUUCAUGAGAUUCUUCAGGCUGCCAUGUAUGUGCAGCUUAUAGAAGUGGUGAAGUUCUGCUGCUCUUUUUUAUUAGCGAAAAUCUGCUUAGAAAAUUGUGCAGAAAUAAUGAGACUCUUAGAUGAUUUCGGUGUAAACAUCGAGGGAGUAAGGGAGAAGUUGGACGCUUUUCUGCUAGACAACUUUGUGCCACUCAUGUCCAGGCCUGACUUCCUGUCAUAUCUGAGCUUUGAGAAGCUCAUGUCUUAUUUGGAUAAUGAUCAUCUGAGCAGGUUCCCAGAGAUAGAGCUGUACGAGGCUGUGCAGUCUUGGCUGCGGCAUGAUAGAAGACGCUGGAGACAUACCGAUACCAUCAUUCAGAACAUCAGGUUUUGUUUGAUGACCCCAUCCAGUGUUUUUGAGAAGGUUAAGACAUCAGAAUUUUAUAGAUACUCUCGACAGCUGCGGUAUGAAGUCGAUCAAGCAUUGAAUUACUUUCAGAAUGUUCACCAGCAGCCUUUGAUGGAAACAAAAUCUAGUCGCAUCCGUUCUGCCAAACCCCAAACUACAGUAUUCCGGGGAAUGAUUGGACACAGCAUGGUAAACAGUAAAAUACUACUCUUAAAGAAACCAAGAGUCUGGUGGGAGCUGGAAGGCCCACAAGUACCUCUACGACCAGACUGCCUCGCUAUUGUCAAUAACUUUGUGUUCUUGUUAGGCGGGGAAGAACUAGGGCCUGACGGUGAAUUCCAUGCUUCUUCUAAAGUGUUCAGGUAUGACCCAAGACAGAAUUGUUGGCUGCGGAUGGCAGACAUGUCUGUUCCACGUUCAGAAUUUGCAGUUGGCGUUAUUGGGAAAUUCAUCUACGCAGUAGCAGGAAGAACCAGGGAUGAGACCUUCUAUUCAACAGAGAGAUAUGACAUCACCAAUGAUAAAUGGGAAUUUGUAGAUCCUUAUCCAGUCAACAAAUAUGGUCAUGAGGGGACAGUGCUCAAUAACAAGUUGUUUAUCACUGGUGGAAUCACAUCAUCUUCCACUUCUAAACAAGUGUGUGUGUUCGACCCCAGUAAGGAAGGGACCAUAGAACAACGUACAAGGAGAACUCAAGUGGUUACCAACUGCUGGGAGAAUAAGAGUAAAAUGAAUUACGCAAGAUGCUUUCACAAGAUGAUCUCUUACAAUGGCAAGCUUUAUGUUUUUGGCGGUGUUUGUGUGAUCUUAAGGGCCUCUUUUGAAUCUCAGGGAUGCCCUUCCACAGAAGUGUACAACCCAGACACUGAUCAGUGGACCAUCUUGGCAUCCAUGCCAAUUGGUAGAAGUGGCCAUGGUGUGACUGUGCUGGACAAACAAAUAAUGGUUCUUGGCGGCCUUUGCUAUAAUGGUCAUUACAGCGAUUCUAUUCUUACUUUUGAUCCCGAAGAAAAUAAAUGGAAGGAAGAUGAGUACCCUCGGAUGCCCUGCAAGCUGGACGGUUUACAAGUAUGCAACCUGCAUUUUCCUGAAUACGUACUGGACGAGGUUAGACGUUGCAACUGAUGAUAUCACCUUCCUCACUAAAAAAGUGGCAAACGAAGCAUUUGUUUAUGAUAUAUAGUUAAUUAAAAAAAAGAAAAACCUCACCAGUUUUACUAUCAAAGCCAUUGGUCUAAUAUCGUAAGAAGUUUUCAUUUUUGUGCUAGCAUCCUUUUUUUUUCUUUUUAGUGGCCUCAAACUCAUGCAAUAAGUUAAUUCUGAACGCUAGCUCUUGAAACUAUUUCCAGAAGCAGUUUAAUGGAACAAUCCACUUAUCGGGGAAGUUGAUCUUAUGCUUUAAGAUAUCAGCGCAGCUAGGAUUCAUGAAUCUUCUAAGAGAAGACCUGAUAAGUGUCACUGAAUGUGAUUUCAGUUUCUGUCUUUAUCUGAAAUCUUUUUGGACAUUUAUUUCAGUGUAUUUCAGUCUGUUAAACUUUUUGAUUUUAUUAUUUAAAGUUUAAAACUCUUGACCUUUUUGCAUGGCUUUUUUGCUGAAAAUGCAAAAAUAUAAAUUUUCUACAAAAUAACUUUUUAUAUUCAAAACACUAUUUCUAAGCUGCCUUCUCUUAUCCGCAUUGUGUUAGUGAAAGCAUAUCCGUACUCGCAUAUAUCCUAUAAAUAUAUAAGGCACAUCCCCUUUUAUGUGUGGUUAGGAUUCUAUAUUUUUAAGCUAGUGCACUUGCACACACGGUUCGCCAUACUUGUUGAAUUUUAGAUGUAAUAUCUUUUCAUGUAUUAAUAUUUUUAGAAACUUAAAAUAACUGGAGUCCUCAUUUCGUAUCAGAGUAGCCUAUCUUCAGUCCAUACUGACUCAGUAAUAUUUGAACCCCCUAUAUUUCUGAAACAUGUAUGGAUUUAUGAAAACUAACACUUUAUAUAUUUUAUUUUCACAAGCAUUAGUGUUCUUUAUCAUGUAUGUCUUUUCUUUUUUAAAAUGUUGUUCUUUGCAGUCUGUUUAACGUUGCCCUGUUUUUAGAGAGAAUUGGAGUCGUAUAUAACAAGCUCUGACCCUGCAGCGUGCAAGCACUUUUAAAGAGAAUUUAGGUAAUAUCAAACUCCUAAAUAAAGGCCCCCUUAAACGUAAGUGCAACUCCCAUUCUUUAUGUUAAAUGAGGCUGCUGCAUCUGUUAUUGAAUGGAAGGUAGCAACCCUUAGAAUAUUUGAGCUCAGUUUUGACUUAGAAGUAAGAAAUAGAAUUAUAAUCCUACUGGUCAUAUCUACUUGUUUAUUUUUUUUAAUACAAAAUCCCCAGCAGCACUGGGGGUGUAAGCUCUCAGCUUUUGUUUUAUUUACUGAAAGCUACUAGCAUGAAGGAUGGUAACCCCAAAUUGAGAAUGGAUCUAGAAUAAUUGUUUAAAAGCAGUUUAUAACAAAUGUUUUAGGAUUAGCUGCACCUUUCAACUCUUUAAAUGCAAAGGAAAAGAAUAUAUAGUUGACAAAAUUAAGCAGGAAUAACCAGGGAGUGAGUGGAUCAUUCAGAUUGAUGCCAUUUUCUCAAAAGUAGAGUCUGUCUGAUACAGACUAGACCUACACUGGCAAAACUUGCCACAUCUUUGGAUAUUGGUGCAAUAUUGCAAUGCCUUCUAUAUGGCUGUUGUAUAAACUUUCUAAUUUCUUUCUUUUUGCUGCUGCCAUCACUGAACAUAAAAUGGAAACGUGAAGUCAUGGAAAUGUGAAGACUUUUUGUGUUUAAUUCAAUUAGACAUACUAUGAAAAGAAACCUGAUUUUAAAACUCCAAAACUGGAGGCAUUUAAGAAAUCAGGUACACAAGUUGUUUUUGAAAGCGAAAAAAAUUGGCAUUGGUGUUAAAGCAAGUUAAUAAUAAUAUUUUGUAGAAGAGGCUUAAAUUUUCAUUAAGUGGUCCUAUCAGUUUCUAAAAACGAAAUGUGAUAGUUUGUUUGCUGUGGUGAUAUGAAAAAUUUGAAAACUAAGCAUUAGGUGAACCAUUUACUUUUUUUCUAAUAUAUUAGUUGGUCUGGGUUUUUGUAUGUGUAUUGUUUUGCUUUAAAGAAAAUAGCAUCUUCAUGGUUUUCCUCUUUGACGUCUUUUGCUAGGAAAGACUGACGGAGCUGUCUGACAGGGUACCCAUAUCACAGGCUUUCACAUUUCAGCGGUGGUUCUCUUGUAUUGCUUCAAUCUGACUUCAUAGCCCUAGUUAGGGUAAGAUCUGGGCAAAUAGCUGAACAUUCUUGGUGUUCCAUUUUAAAGACACAAGACCAAGGUCAAAGUUCAUUUUUGGUAAACUUUUGUGAAAUCUUAACUUGAACUAACUCUGGGUUCAGCUUCACUUAAGUCUUGUCUGGCCUGAUGUUAGCUGUAAUCCAUUUUGAGCUUUAAGAAUAGUUGCUAUUUGCUUAGAUUCUGAAUGUAUGAGAAAAUGCUUCUGUUUAUAUGUAGUUCUAAUAUAGGUUAUUUUAAAUCCACGAUUAACUUACAUUCCCUUUUAAAAUUAUGGUUUAAUUGUUGAAAGAGAUUUAUUUUUGUUAUACUAAACUAUGGAAAAAUUUUUUCAUAGAAUUUUUUUUCAAGUUUAUUUUUUGUGUGCUUUAUUUGGAACCAUUUUUUGUUUAUAUACAUUGUACAUGCUCAAACUAGUAGUUUUUAAAAAAUUCAAUAGGAGAUUGGAAAUUACACAGUGUAACUGUUGUGGUCUUUAUAUGUGUUAAUUUUCACUUUACAUUUUUAAUGCCAGACUUUACAAAAACAGCCGAUCUUUAUUAACUGCAUUUAAAUUAGAAACAUUUGUUCUCUUUCCUUCCACAUCUUUCAUCUUCUAAGUUUUGAUUUUAAUCUCCUUAAAGAAGAUCCUUGCACUACAACCUUUUCAUAAAAUGCAAGAUUCUCACAUUGAAGGUUUUGUAUUGAAAGAAAUACUACUGGUUUUUAAAAAGCAAAGCUUAAUAGAAAUACUAGCUUUUCUUGAGACAGCUUUCUGUGUGUCCUCAUUACUCCACUUUAUGUGAGUGUUAACUAUAAUAAUUUGUGAAAUACUGACUGAGCCCUUCACUUAUCCUUUCUGAAGCAGCACCUUUGGACACCUCAUUCUGGGAAGCCUGCUCGAGUCAUAGUAAAGGACACACAUUUGUGUGGUGAGAAGUGGUAAAAAUGGAGAGUUUUGUCUUAAUUACAUGAAACUAAGCUUUAAAAUAUUUUAUAACAAAUUAUUUGAGCUGCAUAAUCUAAACAUGUUAAACGUUCAGUGGGGCUAUUUUUAUAUAUGUAUAUGUGGUGGUAGGUCAUAACAUUUCAGUUGAUAAUAUAAAUUGUUGAUUUCAGUUUAUAAGCUAUCUCUCAGAAAAGACUAGCUCUUUUGAGAAUACAUAAUUUAAAGUUUAGACUGAAGUAAAACACAACAUAGAUAAUAGUGUAAAUUAGACAUAAUUGAGGGCUAUAUGGCAGUAAAACUGCUAGUGCCAGUUUUCUUGUUUGCCUAUUAUACAGUUUGUUUUUUUUUUGUACUCUGAACAUUUAUAGGGAUCAUACGUUUGUUCAAUUGGAUUAGAGUUGGUUUGGGAAUACAUAUCUUCUAAAAAGAGAUUUAUCUUAAAAAAUAAAAGUCCUGAAAUAUUAGUUUAUUGAGAGUUUAUAAAGUCAAAUAUUCAAUAGGCAUAGACUGGAAUAGAUAAACUCAUGGAAGUCAUAUCCUUUCAGUAUACCAGUAUAACUUCAAUAUUACCCAAGUAACAUUGAGAGAAUGCCAUCAGCUUUGUUUCCCCUUAAUGUUGGAUUUUCUUUUUACAUGUUUGGGAACAAUUGCAUUAAAGAAUUUUAUUAAUCACUAUACCAGUAAGGGUUAGGUGUUUGCUUUCUGAAGGAAUGUUCCAAUGAGGUGAUUGGAGAGGUUAUUUUCUACCUAACUUGUAUAUGCCCUAUAUCUCGGGCAUACUUUGUCUAUAGAAAAAUAUUUUGACCUUUUAGGUACAUUUUGGGCCAGUAGUCAAAUAAUCCUAGGGCCGAUAUAAAAAUCUUAGAAUAAUUUAAGGUUUGCCUUUUAUACCUGUUUUGAAAGCCUUUACAUUUUUGUCAGGUAAUUUUUCCCAAGCCGUGGAUAUAAUCUAUUCAAACAUGUUUAUGCUAUCCAUUCUGUUUUUAAAUUUAAAAAAAAUGUUAAAAGUGUUUAUGAAGAAAAGUUUAAAUAAAAUAUUUUUAAUCUUUAAAAUAUACUUCUUUAUCUCUAUUAUUUACUAACUUUAUAUAUAAU